AUGGGGAUACAGAGAAAACCCCAGAGAAGCUUGCUGGAGUUGAUGGAAGGCCAGCCGGGAAAGAGUGCACCUGCAAAAUCAACACCAUCCCAAGCUUCAUCUCUUCCCGCUAGGUCUCCUUCUCCUGCUCCUCACCAACCUCCUCGUCAAUCUCCUCAGCCAGCCCUUCCUAACGCUGUCGAGUUACAAAGGCGCAAGGAACAGAAGGGCAAGGAGGUGGCAGACAUGGGCAAGUCCCAUCCUACUCGUGAGGAGGAUGCCCAACAAGCUGCAAAGCUGCAAAAAACUAGGCACCAAGUUGUGCGGGGUCAAGAGAGAUCUGAUUCCCAACUUUCUGAACCACAAGCAUGGUUGCCAGCACUUAUGCACGGUGGGGAGCCCCUGUGA